AUGACAGCAGAAUCGUUGCACUCUCAGACGACUGAGAAUAAAGGAUCCGGCGAAAUGACUCACCUGGAGAUAGCGGAUGGUGUUAGAGUCGAGGUUCUCCAAGGCUCAAUGGCACUGGACCUGGCCAGACGAACUGAUCCCCCCCAACCCGUGGAGUCGGUCAAUGCUAAGGCUUUACGGAUUUCUGGCCGGUUCGAUGGUUCACUAAUGGGCUCUCUUCUUCCUAUCGCCCAAUUUAGAGAUACCUUUGGGGCCGGGCUGGUUGGCUCUCAAGCAUCUUUAAUCCAGGGAAUGUACACAAUUGGAGGUGUUUGUGCGCUUUUUUUUGUUGGCUUCCUGCUCGACAACUUGGGUCGACGUUUUGGCAUGUUUGUGGGAUCACUUGUGGUCAUUCUUGGCACAAUUCUAGGUGGCACCGCCAAUCACAUCGAUCAACUCUUGGCCAGUCGGUUCUUCCUUGGAUUUGGAUACUCUAUCGCUGCUUCGGCUGCGCCAGCCUACGUUGUCGAGAUGAGCCACCCCGCAUACCGUGACCUGCUGACUGGUCUAUAUAAUUGUCAAUACUAUGUUGGUGCCAUCGCCGCUGCAGGAGCCUGUAGAGGGUGUUUAAUGUAUCCCGACUCCCGUGCGUGGCGUAUCCCAAUUUGGUGCCAGUUAAUUUCUUCCUGCUUCGUUGUGAUGUUUGUUUGGUUCAUACCUGAAUCCCCUCGAUGGCUUUAUAGUCAUGGACACAGUGAGAAGGCCUGGGACAUCAUCACCAAGUACCACGGCGAAGGCAACCGACAAAAUGCCUAUGUCUCACUCCAAAUUCGCGAAUACCAGGACGCGAUAAAUUUAGAAGGUUCAGACAAACGCGCAUGGGACUUUCGAGAGCUCGUGAACACCAAAGCUGCGAGAUGGCGGCUUGUUUGCGUGGGAAUUGCAUCCUUCCUUAGCCAGUGGUCAACGGGUGGGAUUACAACUUAUUAUAUGGGUGGGCUUUUGGAAAGCGCUGGCGUGACCGAUACGACUCGUGUUCUGGACGUUAACCUCGGAUACACUGUUCUAUCUGCCGGAGGCGCUUAUAUCGGUGGCGCAUUGACUCCUAAAUUGCGCCGCCGACCAAUGCUAAUGGGCUCAUCUUUUUCUGCGGCUAUGCUUUUUGCUGGAUUGUCGGUUGCUACUGGUAUUUACGCGAAAUCAGAACAACCGCCAGCCGCUACAGCGGCGAUCGUGAUCAUUUUCCUCACUGGAUUCACUUAUAGCUUUGGUUGGACACCAUUGCAGGCCAUGUAUUCUGUUGAAUGCCUGGCAUAUGAAACCCGGGCGAAGGGCAUGGCUAUUUACUCCGUCUUUACCAACAUAGCUUUGCUUGUGAACCAAUUUGGAAUUGGGAAUGCCAUGGGGGCCAUCUCAUGGCAUACCUAUAUCAUUCUGGCUGGGUGGAACGUUGUUCAAUGCGUUUUCAUCUACUUUUUCGCUGUUGAAACGUGCAAGCGAACUCUCGAGGAGCUCUCAGAUAUCUUCUCUGCUCCCAACCCGAGAAAGAAGAGCACACAGUCCCACCACAUUGUGGUGUCUACAGAGACUGAUGAGGUGUUGCAGACAAAAGAGGCUUAG